AUGUCUUCCAUUCGAUUUUUUACAGUUUUUUUUUUCUCUCAAAGAAAUGCUUCACUAAUUUAUUUUCUUGUUCUUAUCUCAUACUUCUAUUUUCUUUGUUUCUUUCUUUAUUUCUUCCUUCCUUUCUUUCUGUUUCGUAAUAAUCCCUUCUUCCUUUUAUGCGAAUCAGUUUCCAUCUUUUCUUCUUCUUCUUCUUCUUCUUCUUCUUCUUUAUCCCUUUUCAGAGUUUACUACUUUUACCUUCGCUUCUUUCUCGAGAAGUCUUUUUUCCCCUCCAUUCAUUCUAAUCCGAAUACAAAAUAUCUAUCUAUCUAUCUAUCUAUCUAUCUAUCUAUCUAUCUGUCUAUCUAUCUAUCUAUCUAUCACCGUCUGUUCAUGUCUGUCUCAGGCUGUUUAUCUCUCUACAUGGUUAAUCUCAGUCUAUUCACAUCUCUCUCUCUCUCUACCUCUCUAUCAGUCUAUUUGCAUCUAUCUAUCUAUCUAUCUAUCUAUCUGUCUAUCUAUCUAUCUAUCUAUCACCGUCUGUUCACGUCUGUCUCAUGCUGUCUAUCUCUCUACAUCGUUAAUCGCAGUCUAUUCACAUCUAUCUAUCUAUCUAUCUAUCUAUCUAUCUAUCUAUCUAUCUAUCUAUCUAUCUAUCUCAGUCUAUUCACAUCUAUCUAUCUAUUAGUCUAUUCACAUCUAUCUAUCUAUCUAUCUAUCUAUCUAUCUAUCUAUCUAUCUAUCUAUCUAUCUAUCUCAGUCUUUUCACAUCUGUCUAUCUAUCUAUCCAAAUCAGGAAGAAUUUAUGGGCGGCAGAGUCAACUGCUUUUGUUUGAUCGCAUACGCCAUGAAAACAAGCGAUACAAUGUCGCUGAUGACUAUGAGAUGAUACUGUUAGAGUUGCUUAUGCCGGAAGACAAGGGCACAAAUAUUGAUGUCUGA